AUGACCACGCCCAAGGCAAAAGACCCGUUGGACGCCCUUCAGCUGCUUGUCAACGACGUGCUCGUGCAAACAGGCAAAGCCCUCCGUGCCUCGCGGCGAGACAGCCAAGGCAACCUCCCUCCUUCCCAAGGACUUUUGCAGCCCAAGCUGCCAGACACCAUCAGGGCCUUUCACUCGGCUCUGGACGAUCUCGAAAACGACAUUAUUCGUGCCAAAUCCGUGCUCCUCCGUGAUCUCAACCAGUUAAAGGCGCAGAACCAUUCUUCCCAUGAAUCACGAUCGCUCGCCCAACCGACCCAGGCGGUACCACAGACAAAGUCCCCCAUGGCGAUCGACAUAGAUUCGUCGCCACAAGUAGCCCCCAAAGAAGAACCGAUUGAUCAAGACGGCCGCGGCAACAAGCCGGGCGGCGCCCCUAUCCCCGACAUGGGCCUGGGCCUGGGCCUGGACUUGAGCAUGUCCGACUCACCACAGCCCCCUGCGGCCGUCAAGGAAGAGGACCUGCCCUCGGAAGCACCAGGCAGCGUCCACGCAGCGUCCUCCGGGCCCGUGAAAACGGCGGGCAAAGAAGCAAGCUACGAGGCCCCGAUGGCGCAGAUGGACGUGACUCUGGAAGGGACCCAGACCAGCCUGGACGGCGGCGGCGGCGGCGAUGACGCCGUGCUGGAUUUGACAAAUCCAGACUUGAAUUUCACCGACAUGGAGUUUACCUUGGCGCCGACAGGGCCGACGCACAGUCACCAUCCAGGCGGCGGCGGCGGGAAUGCCGGCACCACCACCACCACGAUCAACAGCAACAACAACCCCCCCGAGCCGUCGUUUGAUCUCGCCUCGUUCGACGCCGCAGACGGCGCAACCGGCAACAUGUCCUCCCUGGUAAACAUGCUGCCGCCCAACGCGGCAGAGCAGCCAGCCCCGACAGCGAACGCACCCCAAGGACAGGGCCGGCCGGCAGGUGGCCAGCCCAGCACACUGGUGGACAUGGAAAAGAAGGGACAGGGACAGGGACAGGGACCGACGGCUGAACCGGCACCGGCAGACGUCUUCACCGGCGACGGGCAGGCGGACGGCAUGGACUUUGACUUUAGUCUCGGGGACGGCAUGGGGGGCGACACGUUUGACGACCUCAUGAACGACCGGGACAACACAUUCGAUGCCAUGGAGCACGGGGACUUUGAUGCCAAUUUCUUCGGCCUCGACAAAGUCGACGACGCUUGA